AUGGAGGAAAUGGCCAGUGUUAUCUCAUCUGCGAGUCAAGAUGAGUCCUCCCUGGAUUACGUAUCUUCUCACAUUACCGCGGCACGCCUCGACCUUCUAGUCGGUCCAAGCGAUUCACAUUGGGUGAAGAAGCACAAGUUCUUCACUGAGAGAGUGAAGUCGGAUACUCCCAUCAAAGAAAUCGUUCGAGAAAACUUCACAUACCACGAGAGUCGCCUGUUGAUGCCAUCUGAUCGCGCAGAUGUGAAGGAAUUGCAAGCUGCCAAUACGAAGCGCUACGAGGCUCUUCUCAAUGAUCGCUUCAAGGGCUUCGAGGACUCUUUGGCCACAAAGCUCACGAUGAUGUACUUUGGUUUGCCAAUUGCUCCGAUGGAGGACAUUAUCAAGGAGCUCUCUAUGGCUGUUGGUAUGGUGGAAGAAGUUCCGAUGUACAACAUCAAACCACCACUGCAUUUUCUUACAGCUCACGAUCGUCGCAACUGGGGAAAGGAUUGCCUGAGAGCCAAGGAAGCCUUCAGUUGGCCCGUCCCGGUCCCAAAGACAAGCGAUCCGAUUUUGAGUCUUCGUGGAGGUGAAGGACCCAGCUCACUUCAACGCGAUGGCAACGUUGUGUGUGACUACGUCCCCUCAACUGAGACUCCAGCAGACCCUGAAGAAGGAUGGACUUAUCUUUAUGGCCCGUAUGGGCGCUUGCCCUUUUGUCCUCGUAAGUGGCGAUCGUUUGCACUCGUCUUACGACAACUGUUGUAUAAUCACCCUAGCGAUAUUAGGGAGAAGCAGUACAUAUUCGACCUGCAUCUUAUUGAUAAGAAGACCGGCAGCCGAAAAACCUUUCGCGACAAGUUACCCUUAUCAUCUGGUAGCAAAGCAAUGCUCUUCCUAGAAGGACAUUUUGCCGACGGCGGGAAAGCCAAGGGACACCGGAAUUGCUGUACUCUUUUUAUUGACCAUAUUCGGAAGGAAUCGGACGACGCAUUCGAGCAUUGGGAACCUUCCAAACAGCAACUGGAGACAGAUACCGUCAGGAUUGGGCGCUCUCUUGGGACUUUCCUCAACGGACCCGAGGAGGAAGCUAUAAGUUAUGCUUAUAUCCCAUUUCCCAAGGUCAAUACCCCACGCUUCGUUGCUAGCAACUAUGCAUCUCAACAGUACAAUGCUCACUUCAGGGCCGCCACUGAUAUCCUCUUUGGUCGACCUAUGGGCAACAAAGAAGGGGGAUGCUCCGAGUAUAACCAUGCCUUGUUCCGUCUCUGCGACAGAAACAAGCCGGGCGCUUCAUUGACCGUGCCCAUCGUUUACGGUGCCAUGGGUCUGCCGCAAUCAGCUUUGGAACUUCUUCAUCCGUUGAACAACCCCGGCGCUUGCUGGAUGAUUGACUGCACCUGGCUCGACCCCGAUGUGUCGCCUCUUAUCUUUCCAAACUAUUACCCAAGUCCCAAUCCGCACUUGUUGGUAGAUAAGAGUAAUUCUGGCGAUGACUAUAACAACGUCUUCCAACCGAUAUGUGAGAUUUCUACCGAGACUUUUGACAAAGAGUCGAGCAGAAAGCUUGAGACAGUGUAUGUCCUUGAAGGUGGCCCAACAAAUAGCUAUGGGCAGGGUAUCAAGGGCUUGGAGGUUGUCCCAAAACGGGGUAAUGCUGAUGGGAAAGAUGAUCCCGUCGGACGCGUUGUUGGCCAAAAGAUCCAGUCUCUGUCUGCUUGGUUUUUGACCAUUCACCCCCAUUUCCGCCCUGGACACUGUCGUCUGUUUCCUGCUUGGCACAAUGGACGAGAGAUCUCGGUCGAGUUGCCACCUCUGACAUCCACAGUACGACAGCUCUUUGCCGCUAUAGAUCAGCUGGUAUCCAAGACCAAGUACGUGAGAGGUAUGGGCCAGGACCUCAUGUUACUCAAGGAGACUCUUUGUGCCAACAGCCGCGAAAAUCGAGAUACACCAUCGUACCUGAUCCGCCCUGGCUCAUCCGAUGACGAAUGGUAUCGUGUGAGAGAGUCCAUUACAUCCCCUGACAUAACAGUUGAGUUUGUCAACAAAUCAGAUGUCGACUGGGUUGAAUGCAUAUCGGAGAAAAAUAUCUGGGGCAUUCGUGAGCUUAGACCCGAAUUCCAUGUCUCCCGCCCUCGGCUCGGUGGUGAUAUUCUUGAAAUCAAGGACCUCAAAGAUCAAAUAGUCAACCCUGUUGCCAAUUACCCCUCAGCACCUACAAGUCUCGGAUCACCGAGUUCUGAGGAUGAAAAGGAGACUGAUAAACCACUCUCGUCUUUCAGAAAUAAGGCGUUUGUUAGCCCUACACUCCCUCAGGCCCACACGGUUUAUGAUGAACUUGAAGCUGAGGAGGAGAAGGAGUAUGAUGUCGGUGUCCUGGCAACCAGUCGACCUGACUGGGCCAACGAACCUUACUCCGGAGACCGUCACCGGGCUUCCACCUCAGAAAUUUCAGACCCAGAUACGGAUAUUUACGGUUAUUCAGAAAAUGACUCGCCCUCUAGAGAUGUUUCAGUGUCUGGAGACGCUCCUAAUCAAAGGAACCGGAUAUCAAAUUCUAGUGAUGACAGCAGUGAUGAAUCAAGCAGAGAGGGUGAUGGUGUGGGGAAUUACGACGAUGGCGAUGAUAGCGAAGGUGGUGAUGGGAAUGAACACGCCGCUGCCUCCCGUCCUCUUCCCCCCAGCCAGCCACUAUGGGAUUUGAAUGAGAACUCACCACGAGUGGCUCGAGAACGCACAUGGUCCACUCAACCCAGUAUCUUUGGUGACCCCAGAGCUGUGUCUGCGCCAGCUGUAAUUGGCAUACCUGUGACUGGAGCGCCUGCAGAGCAGAUGCUUCGCACGAACGAUUCUGGUAAUGUCCCGAUGAUCCUCAAAGCCUUCCUCACACCCACCGAGCAAACUGAGCUUCAGCGCAAGUACUGGGACACCCGUAACCUGCUUCUCAAGCGCACCAUGCAGUGCCUCUUCGAGGAAUGCGACUUCACCUGCCGGGCUGAUGAUCAUGAGGCCAGGAAGAAACAUACUCAGGAAGCUCAUAAGUCGCGAAUGUGUCCUUGGUGCGAAGAGCCAAUAUUUGAAUGGUGGGAUAAGGCUCAGAGGAAUAAGCAUAUGCGGGAGAGGCAUACCAAGGACCUGAAGAAUGUCUUGGGUAUCGUGGAUGGGCCUGUCUCUAGGUCGACGUCUGCAGUACCUCGCCCAUCGAAGCCCCCUCAGCAACCUGCACGCUAUCCCCCGUCGGCAUUUCAACCACAAUCUUCCCAACCGUUCUCUCUGGGACAAGUUGACAGCCCUUUCACUACACUUCGUUCAGCUCCCCCUCGCAACCCAGCUCCUGUGGCUCAUAUGGCACCUGGUACAGCGCCGGACUCUAAAGGGCAACGUCAUUAUGAGCAGCUUAUGAGCUCGUCUCGUCCAAGGCCACCAAACCUCCCCUCCGACGGUAGGGCGCCCAAGAGACUACCGGUAGAUGCACCGAUAGUAGAAAGUAUCUGCCAGUCUGGCCCUGUUCAGAGGGAGCUUGAACGAGCGAGAAAGUCACGGCAAUCGAUGGAUAGAUAUAAACUUUCUGGACCUCCGCGAACUCUCGAAAACCCUCUUGCCUGGUAUGACAUGACUGGACCAGUGAUUGUCGUUGAUCCUCCAGAGGUUUGUGGCGUCCGAGGCUGCAAAUCCGAUGUUAGCGGGCUCGGUGCUUGGGGUCUAUAUGACCACAUCACGAGAGGCCAUCGGCGUAAUGAGGUUACGAUGUGUCCAUUCUGCGAGCUUCCUUUCUUCGAAGUCGAGGGCACAGAUGAGAAAGGCAAUGAAAUAAGAAGCCAACGCAGUCCAACAGAAUGUAGGAAACACUUGGACUGCCAUGUCUAUGAACUCUGGGAACAUCUGCAGCCAGUUUUGCAACGUCCUGAGAUGGUCUAUUCCCAAAACGUCGGGAGCCCGCUGAGGGGGGAAGUCGAAACGAUUAGGAUGAUCAGACCAACGCCGGCGGAAGAGAGGGAAGCAAGAGUUCAAGAGGAGGCCAGAAAGAAGGCUGAAACGGAAGUCAGGGCGAGGCUCCAACAGAGAAGGGCCGAUAGAGCCAAGGCAUAUCUUGAAGAGCAAAAGGCCUCACAGCGUCCUCCCAUUGAGAAGUGUAGAUACUUCGGGAAGUGCGGUACGGUCAUCGAGGGUAUGCCUGUCGAGGAGUAUGAGCGUCAUAUUAAGGAAUAUCAUACAAAUCGACAAAGUGACUCAGAUGGCGAGGACGAGGACGAGGACGAGGAUGGAGACAUGGGCGAUGUCCAUGUCGAUGUUGAUGUUGAUGUCGAAGUCGGUGUUGAUGUCGAAGUCGAUGGCGAGAAUGAGAGCAAUCAUGUCAGUGACAGUGACAAUGACCAUGGCAGUUCUGGCAAGCGGCAUACUUCUAGUCGUUCACAAGCUCGAAGUCAGUCUGCUCGGAAUGCCUCGAAGAGAAAAUCUCCAAGCCCGACUCCGCGGGUCACUGAGGUCAUUUCAGAGGAUGAGGUUGUGGAUGAGUCCAGCGAGUCAACUGGCGCCGUGGUGGUGACCAAAAAGUCUGCCCCCAAGAAGCCUGCCCCCAAGCCUGCCUCCAGUAAACCCCCUUCCAAGAAAGCGCUUGGGAAACGCAAGGCUGUAACACAGGAGAUUGAAUCGGCGGCUGAGAGCCACAGCGAAGCCCCUUCUACAGUUUCUCGUGGUCGGCGACGACAUACCAAGGCUCAGGAAGAACCGCCCGAGACCACGGUUUCCUCCACUGAAGCACAAGGCAGUGAGGCUCAGAGCAGUGUCGCCCGAGGACGAGCCCGGAGUAAGAAGACCAAGAAGACUCGCCGUACUGGAGAGACGGAUAGCCAGUAUGAAGAUGAUGGGUAUGAGACGAACGACUACGACGAGGAACCAAACGAGAAAGGAGGAAAGCCCUUCCGUCGUCGAGCGAAGUCUCCCGACUGGGUGAAGAAGCUUGGUCCUGGAGAUCCUAACUUUGAUCCCGACGACGACAUGCACUGCUCCAAGUGUCUACGCAAGGUGCCUAAGAAGCGAAGCAAGAGUCCCAACCACUCGCCAAUCGGUCGCGAUGGAGAAGUCGAGGUUUGUAUCUAUACCACUCGUUCUGACUUGCAUACUAACGAACAACAGGCUCAUACUGAUAAGAAGCGAUGCUGUCGUAUCCGCAACGCCCCAGGUUCAACCGAAGGUCUCCCUAACCGCAGUGGCUGGAUCAAAUACUCUGACAUACCCAAGGCGCUCGGCGAGAUCAAAAUAUCAUUCCUCCGUCGCUACCCAACAUACGCACGCACAGUCUAUCCCACCAAGUCAAGCGACCACUUCGCAUCGGUCUGGCGCUCCGACCCAAACAACCCAGACAACGAUGAAUGGUGGGACAUUCCCUGGCCUCCCUACGAAGGGGACCCUCCAUUCCCUGGAUCCUGGGUAGCGCCCGGUCUGCCAUGGGAUGACACCUCGGACGGACGAAAGCGACGCAAGCUAUACACCGGAAUAGAAGUCCCUGAUUCCUUGUAUGAGUAUCAGAGCGAACCAGACACCGAUGGGUCGAUGUCUGCGACUGUGCCGGAGAAUAUUGGUAAUCUCACUAUUGAUGCUACGCCGGCUUUGAAGAGGCCUGAGAGUGCGAUUACUUCGAUUGAGGAGGAGACUGAGGAGCAACCUGUUGCGAAGAAGCCCAAGAUUGGGGCCAUUCCCAGACGUGGGCGAAAGCCGAGCACGCAACCUUCGCGUGCCUCGAGUCGAAUACGUAUGCAGAGAGCCGGUACCGCUUCUACAGCUCCUUCGAGGGCGGUUUCGAGGGCGGUUUCGAGGGCUACUUCAGUUGCGGCUGCGACACCUGCGCCGAAGGCUCCCAAAGCUGCCCCAAAGGCUGCCGCAAAGACUGCUUCAAAGGCUGCCCCGAAAAGUGCACCAAAGCCUGCACAGAAGCCCGCAUCGAAGCCUGCCACGAAACCUGCACCUAAAAAGGCGACUCGCUCAAAGACUGCGACUCCGGCUCCAGAGCCUGCCCCCAAGCCUGCUGCCAAACCUGCCGCAAAACCUGCCGCGAAGACUGCUCCUAAAAAAGCAACUCGUUCAAAGACUACGACUCCGGCUCCAGAGCCUGACUAUGAUAGCAGUGAUCCCGAUAGGUGA